ACGAGUCCUUAUUGACACCGGGGAGCCAGCUAUUCCUGAAUAUAUUGGCUGUUUAAAGCAGGCAUUGUCAGAGUUCAACAUCUCGAUUCAAGAAAUUUUAGUGACACACUGGCAUCGUGAUCACACUGGUGGAAUACCUGAUAUCUGCAAAAACAUCCCUAAUGAAUCUGAAUAUCGCAUCUGUAAGCUUCCUCGUGUCCCUCACUGUGAAGAAAUAAUAGAAGGAGGACAUAAAUAUUUUUAUCUUAAAGAAGGAGAAGUCAUACAGACAGAGGGAGCCACACUGAGAGUUUUGUAUACACCUGGACACACUGAUGAUCAUAUGGCUUUACAUCUAGAAGAAGAAAAUGCUGUAUUUUCUGGUGACUGUAUUUUAGGAGAAGGAACAACAGUAAUCGAAGACCUGUAUGAUUACAUGAAAACUUUGAAAAGAUUGUUACAAAUGAAACUAGAUUUAAUAUAUCCAG